GGGGGUGGGGGGUGGGGGAGGGUUUAGAAAAAGGUGCAUGGAAAUGUAUGGUGGAUGCCAUGACAAAUAAAUAUGGGUCAAGAAACAAUGAAAGUAGGUUGAAAAGCAAACAUAAGUUCUUUAGGACCAUGUACUUUGAUAUCAAGAAACCUAUGAAUGUAUUCGGUUUCGGAUGGGAUGAUUGUAGGAGGAUAGUAACCGCCGAGGUUGUUGUUUGGAAUGACUUCCUAGCGGAGAAUGAAUGGGCAAACAAAUACCAAAACAAGACUUUGCCCGAGUAUUCGAUGCUGAGUAAAAUCUAUGAGGGUGGAACGACAGAUGGGACAUUCAAAUCUAUUGGGGGUGGCAUCAGAAUUGAGCCAUCAGGGCCCAACAUUACAUUAUCUGGUGACCCCCCAUUAGAAGUCCAGGAUGAAUCUAGCUCAUCCUCAUCUGAUGAGCUAGUAUUAUCUGGAUAAAAAAGACGACGUCCCAUACUUCGAUACGAGCACAUCGCCGAUCAAAGCAACCCGCCCUCAUUGAGUCCAUGUCCUUAGCCAUGACAGAGAUGGCCCAGGGCUUUAAGACGCUGGCAUGUGACAAUCCUCCAGUAGAGUCCAAGGCUAAGAGAGAUGCCUAUAAAAUUGUUGAAGGCAUGUGGAAAGCCGGCGAAGUUGGCGGUAAUGUCCUUCUAACGACUGCAAGGAUCUUCCAAGAUUCUACAAAGGCAGAGAUGUUACUAAACUUGGAGGAUCCAAGGAUACAAAAGACUUACUUAGAUGACGAGAUGAAACACCCCCAAUAGAGUUCUAAUUGAAUAUGUUUAAUUUUAACAUCAAAGGCUGUUAGUUUCAUUUGUAAGUGGAUGAUCAUUUUAAAGUCAAAUAUUGCUUCAUGGUUUGCUUUACAGAUGAUGAUUUCUUUCAUUUGUGAUGGUUUUGUUUUAUGGAUGAUGAAAGAGGAGACUUCUUUCAUUUGUAUGUGGAUGAUGUCUUUCAUUUUAAGGUCAAAGAUUGCUUCAUGGUUUGUUUUA